CCUUGCUUACCAGUUGUUUUUUUCUUUGAAGAUGGGUUUAGUAGGCAUAUAUCUACAGUCGCUGUCUCAUCGAUAAAAUCUCAAGUGCGUCAUUUGGUUUGGCUAUUGGAUUAUUUGUCUGUAGCCCAUCUUAAAUCAAACAUUUCUAUGCACUUAAUCAAUUCAAUAUCCAGUCUUUCCGUGUUAUGACGGUUUCGUUUUGUCGCAUAAAAGUUUAUUGACUUUAACGUAAAACACGGUUUCUUUACACGUCAAAUAUAUUUUACAUUGCAAACUAACGAUAGUUAUUGCACGCUCGAAGAUGAAACUAGUCGUGUUAGGGGGGACUGGUCAGACGGGACAGCAUUUGGUAAGCCAGGCACUGCAGCAAGGACACAGCGUCACGGCUGUGGUGAGGAACCCGGGCAAAAUGACAGUCACACAUGACAACCUAAAGGUUGUUGAAGGAAACAUCUUCUCUGAGGAAAGCUUGAAGCCCCACUUUGAAGGACAUGAUGCAGUACUUUCCUGUCUUGGUUUCCCCACUUCAUUUUUCUCUGGAGUCACAGGCUAUUCCCAGUCAAUGCGGGCCACCCUUAACACCAUGAGAGAGACCAAAAUCAACCGCGUUAUCACCAUGACUUCCUGGUAUACUGCACCUGGCUCCUCGGCCAGUGGACCGUUUUUCAUCCGGUAUCUCCUGGUCCCAAUGAUCCAGAGCGUGCUCACCAACAUGUAUGAAAUGGAGAGUAUUCUGACCAAGACUGAGGGGAUCGACUGGACUGUGGUGAGACCUCCUGGACUCCAGAAUGCGCCUGCAACAGAUAAAGACAUUGUGACUCAUGAGGGAUAUUUUGUUCCUGAUGCCGCCGGCCACUCUGUUGCCAGGGGUGAUGUUGCCCGUUUCAUGCUCUCUCUCUUGGGUACCAGUACUUGGAUGAAGAAGGGGGUGGCCAUGACUACCAACUGAACAUUCAUCUGUGUCCACACUGCCUUCUGGACUAGCAUAACCAAGUAUAGCCUACAUAAACUAUAUCUGCAAAGACUUGUUCGGUCUCAUAAUCACUUUGCCUAUUUUCUGUGUGAUUUACUUCAAGGCUUAGAUCACAAACAGUUGAGACUGAAGUGUGUGUGUGUGUGUGUGCGCGCGUGUGUGCUUGUGUGCGUGUGUGCGUGUUUGAGUGUGUGUAAAGCAAAUGCUUUGUAUGUUUACUAUGUCUAUGUAUGUUCAUUUGGUGAAGGAAAUUAACUUGCAAAACAUGUACAUUUGUACAAGCACUAAAGAUGUUAGGUGUACACAAGGGUGUAUGCCAAAGGCAUGAACCACUUUGCAUAAACAAUGCUGACAUGUUGUAUUUUGAUACCACUAUAUUCAGGGGCUGCUGGUGAUUCCCUGCCCCAAAGAAUGAUUAAGCUACUCACUCCUUUACCUUGUCAUCAAAAUGUACAAAUGUAAGUUGACUGUUUUGUGUAUAGGGCUUGAAUGUUUGAGUAAUUCAAGGUUGUUGGAUAAAUGGUAACAAAAUUCAUAUUGUUGAUGUUUUAUAUGAAUAAAACUAUUUUCUGGGCUACUUAAA